AAAAAGAGAUGGCAGCUGAGCUAGUCAAUGGUGCAACAAGCGAGAAACUAGCUGAAACUGAUUGGGCAAAAAAUAUUGAAAUCUGUGAGCUAGUUGCUCAUGAUAGAAGGCAGGCUAGAGAUGUUGUCAAAGCUAUAAAAAAGAGACUAGGAAGUAAACACCCUGAUACUCAACUUUAUGCUGUCAUGUUGCUGGAAAUGUUGAUGAACAAUAUUGGAGAGCAUAUUCAUGAGCAGGUGAUUGAUUCUGGAGUUAUUCCCAUUCUAGUAAAAAUUGUGAAGAGAAAGUCUGAUUUGCCUGUGAGGGAGAGGAUAUUUCUCCUAUUAGAUGCCACACAAACAUCCCUUGGUGGCGCGUCUGGAAAGUUUCCACAGUACUAUAAUGCAUAUUAUGAAUUGGUGAGUGCUGGAGUGCAGUUUUCUCAAAGGGAUCAAGUGGUCCAAUCGAACCAUCCUAGUUCACAACCUAGUAGGACUAAUAAUGUACCAAACAGGGAGCAGGCUGCACCUAGACAUGAAGCAGUUGCUCCGCAAGCUGAGUCCCAGACUGUCCCUGAAUCUAGCAUUAUUCAAAAGGCUUGCAAUGCAUUAGAAGUACUAAAAGAGGUCCUGGAUGCUGUUGAUGCUCAAAAUCCUCAGGGAGCAAGGGAUGAAUUCACCCUUGACCUUGUAGAACAAUGUUCUUUUCAAAAGCAAAGGGUUAUGCAUCUUGUGAUGGCUUCUCGAGAUGAAAGGAUAGUAUCUCGGGCAAUUGAAUUGAAUGAGCAACUUCAGAAAGUUCUCGCAAGACAUGAUGAUCUUCUUGCUGGCAGAGCUACAGCAACAGCAACUCGGUUCAAUCAUGAGGAAGCAGAGGAAGAAGAGGAGCCUGAACAGUUAGUCCGAAGAUUACGUAAGGGAAAGGCUUGUGCAAGACCUGAAGAUGAGGAGACAGAAACCGACAACCCUCCCUUGGGUUUACUUGGGGAGAGACUCAAUCGUCCACUAAUAAGACCACUCUCAAUAGAGCCACAAUUUCGAGAUGCUGAAACUCGAUCUCCACCUGUUGUGAUCCCACCAUCCCGUGAAGCAGACACUCGAUCUCCGCCUGUUGUGAUCCCACCACCACGGCCAAAACAGAAUGGCGAUGUUUCUAAUCAUGUGGCAAUUCCACCACCACCUGCAAAGCAUGUUGAGAGGGAGAAGUUUUUUCAGGAAAACAAGGAUGGCUCUAAUUUGUCUGGCCACAUGAGAGGCCUCUCCUUGCAUAGUCGUAAUGGCAGCAGCUCUCAGAGUGGAAGCUUUGAUUUUAGUGAAUGAUCUCUUCACAACCGAAUCUUUAUAUUUUCUUUUCAUUUUUGUCUACAUUUGGAGUUGGUAUUAUUGAAGCUGUUGUGAGGAAUUGGUGAUUUCUCAUUCAGUCUUGGUGAGUAUGGAGAUAGGAGGGAAACAAAAAGGGAAACCACAUCUGCUUCAGUUUACAAAUUACUUGUAAUUAUGUUAUCUGAUUAUGUGCCGUGACCUGAGUUUGUGAGUUUCAGGUGCAAGUGUUAUAACAUUUUUUUUAACUUUCCCUGGUUUCUAGAAACUACAGUUUUUCUUCCCA